AUGAGCUCCUACCUGGAGUACGUGUCGUGCGGCGGCGGUGGCGGCGGCGACGUGCUCAGCUUCGCGCCCAAGUUCUGCCGCGCCGACGCCCGCCCCGCGGCCCUGCCGCCCGCCUUCCCCUUGGGCGGCGGCGACGGCGCCUUCGUGGGCUGCCUGCCCCUGGCCGCCGCCCGGCCCGCGCCUCUGGCCGCGCCGCCCCCGGCCGCGCCCGCCUUCGCGCCCUGCAGCCUGGAGGGCGCCUACGAGGCGGGCGGCGCACCUGCGGCGGCCGGCGGGGCGGACCUGGGCUGCCCGGGGCCCGGCGCGGCCUACGACCUCCCGUGCGCGCUGGGGCGGCCGGCGGACGACGGCGGGGCGCGCGUCCACUACGCCACCUCGGCGGUCUUCUCGGGCGGCGGCGCCCUCCUGCUCAGCGGCCAGGUGGACUACGCGGCCUUCGGCGAGCCCGGGCCGCCCGCCAGGCUCAGGGAGCCGGCCGCCUUGCAGCCCGCGGCCCCGGGCCCCGGGGCCUACCCCACGUCGGCCUCGCCCGCCUCCGGCCUCCCCGCCGCCUUGAGCACCUUCGAGUGGAUGAAAGUGAGGAGGAGCGCCCCUCGGAAAAGCCGACCCGCCGAGUUCGGAGCCGCCAGCCCCUCCAGCGCCAUCCGCACGAAUUUCAGCACCAAGCAACUGACAGAACUGGAGAAAGAGUUUCAUUUCAACAAGUACCUGACUCGAGCCCGACGCAUCGAGAUCGCCAACUCCCUGCAGCUCAAUGAUACCCAAGUAAAAAUCUGGUUCCAGAAUCGCAGGAUGAAACAGAAGAAACGAGAGCGAGAAGGGCUCCUGCCCUCCCACAGCCCCGUGGCUUCCCUCCAGCCCCCCCACUCAGGAGCCAGUACCACCAAGUCUGGAAAGAACCCGGGGAGCCCUUCUCAGGCCCAGGAGCCCUCAUGAGGUUCAGCCCUGAGGCUGAGAAAGCUUGGCCUGCAGAAGUCAUAGGCCCCCUGACGCCCGCCCGGAC